AUGAAAUGGUCUUCUAAAUGUUUACCCAGCCCUGGAUCUCAGAUAACAACACGAAUAAGGGAAAGGGGGAAGUUUGUCGGAAAGGGUUCACGAAACUCAUUUGCAAAAUCUACUCUGGAAAAUUGGAAAAUAAAUUCCUUGAAGUCAGUUUCUUAUUUUUCGUUUAUGGGAAAACCGGUUCCAUCUUCAUCAAGGUUUCAAGAUUUCGCCAGGAUUAUAACAUCCGAUAGGAUCCAACAACAAUCCAAACGAGGCCCUAAACUUGUUUCUAACAAGUCCCGGGUUGUGCCUCCUCCGGAACCCGCCAAACCGAAGGGGAUUCGGAUUGUUCAAUCGGAGAGGCAACAACAGAGAAUAAAGAUAAUGGAGGAGAAUUCGUCGAUGAACCGCCGAAUUCCGCUGGGGGAGGUAGUCUUGGAGUGCUCAAGACGGUGGUUCCAGGACGCCCUUAAGGAAGCAAAAGCCGGUGACACCGGCAUGCAGGUGUUGGUGGGUCAGAUGUAUUGCAGCGGUUACGGUGUGGUUAAAAAUGCACAGAAGGGACAAGCUUGGAUUAGUAGGGCUUCCAGGAGUCGAAGCUCUGUAUGGAAAGUUGGUGAUAAACACCCAGGUUACAAUGCUAGUGACUCGGAUACCGAUGAGGAGAAAGAUGAAGGAAAACAACACUAA